AAAAUGCCAAUAACUAAGCGAAAGAAGACUUAAGUUUUAACAAAAACUAAAAAGAAAACUCCAGAAAAAAAAGAGUUACUUGUUAAGAAACUUAAAUAAAGCCUUAAAAAAUAUUAAAGAGCUAUCAUAUUCCAAUAUAAAAAUCUGACCACAAAUCCAUUAAAAGAAAUCCAACAAGCAUGGAAGAGUGAUUCCAAACUCUUUAUUGGAAAAAACAAAGUCAUGCAAGUAGGCUUAGGCAGAAAUGAAGAAUAAAGUGCUACAAAAAAUUCCUACCUUCUCUCUCCAGUAAUUAAAUUUUAUAUUUGCAGUUUCUUAAAGGUGAAACAGGACUGCUUCUAACCAAUAAGACUCUCCAAGAGAUCUAAGAAUACUGUGAUACUUAUAAAAUUCCUGAAUUUGCAAGAGCUGGUCAUAUAUCUGAUCAAACUAUAGUACUUAAAGAAGGAAUUGACACCUUAAAAGGUUUUAGUCAUUCUUUAGAACCAUAUUUGAGAAAAUUAGGACUUAAUACUUAAUUAAUAAAUCAGCAAAUUGUAUUAAAUGAAAAGUUUAUUCUUGCUUAAGAGGGUAAACCUUUAACAGUGGAAUAAUGUAAAUUAUUGGUAUUUAUAAUUAAUUAAAUUUAGCGAUUAAUGAAUUAAAAACUAGCCUAUCUUGAAAUAGCUCCCCUUUGUGUUUUAGAAAAGAAUGGUACAUUCAAAAAAUUGUGAAUAUUAUUAAUAUAAUUCUUCAC